AUGUUGGGUUUUCACAGAAGGACAAGGUCAUUAAUCCCGGUAAAGGACCUGGCCAAGUACGACAAGGUGUCUCUGGUUGAGGAUGAGGAGGAAUGGUAUGAUGAGGAAGAGAUGGAGGUUGCCAGCGCCCCAGAUGCUGUAGACAGGUCGCGUCAGAGACAAAUGAUGCUGGUGUACCUCGUCUUUCUCGCUGAAGCCAUCAUGGCCUCGAGCCUUCAACCACAGCUUCAAAUGCUCCUCUCCUCCUCUGACUACUGCGGAAACAUUUCCACGUCCUAUCUUCGAAGUAUUCUCGAUUGCGCAUAUACCUUUGGUCAAACCUCUGGCCUUUUCUGGGGCUACCUCGCCGAUCGAAUGGGACGAAGGCGCGUCACACUCCUCGGGCUAUGGUCUAUGUUGAUUUGCUGCUUGAGCAUGGGCUUCGCAACCAGCUUAGCCAGCUGUACGAUAUUCAGGUUCUUCGCAGGCAUAGUCAGCUCAACAAUCAUGUGCACCAGUUUGACCAUGAUCGGAGAUCUGAGCACAACGGCGGAGGAGAGGGCGAAGAAUGUGGCUCGGUUACCGUUGAUCUCGUUGUGUGGUUCUAUGGGACCGCUCAUGCAGGGCAUGGUCUCGGAAAGCCUACAAGCGUAUGGGAUGGUGUGGGAGAAGUUCCCUAUUCUAGGAUCGGAGCUCGUUUGUGGAAGCCUGCUGUUUGCCAUUGCGCUUACUGCGUCAAUCAUGCUCAAGGAGACUCUGCCGCUUCAUUCCGACCGAUUGGCAGACCCAGUGGACGUCGACUGUGAGAAGGCCGCUUUCCUCAGCCGCGAGUCCGAGGAUACCACAAUCACCCUUGUCGACUUCGCCCGACCGGAACCCAUUACCAUUGCCCAGUUUAUGCAAGCGCCCUCACUUAUUGUUCUCUUGUCCUCCUUCUGCCUCCUCUCCCUUCACGCUUCAAGCUUCGACGUUCUCCUGCCUCACCUUGGCCACAGCAGCACCCAACACGGCGGAAUGGGCAUUCCAUGUGAUUGGCUUAGCAUCGUCGUCCUGGUGGUCCGCGGCAUUGCCGCCGUAGCCAUCUUCUACGCCAUCCCUUUCGCCAUGGAGAAGUAUGGCGUCCUUAAUCUCUACCGCUCUGUCUCUCUGCUUUUCCCAGCAAUCUACGUCAUCACGCCUCUCCUCACCCUUCUCGUAACCUGCUCUGGCUUGGCAUCCAUCGUUUCCGUCUUCUCCAUCUUUAGCAAACAUGUCCUUACUGGUGGCGCUUCCGUGCUCGUCGCUCUUCUUGUAUUGAACACGACGCCUGAUGCAUUCUCCGCUGGUACUGUAGUCGGCAUGAUGCAAGUCGCCAGCCUCUUCAAAGCGUUCGCUGUCGCUGUCAGUGGCACGAGUUAUUACUUCAGUGACGAACUCAGUCUUCAGACGACCAACCUGGCACUGUGGACGUGUCUUGCGCUGUUUGGCGUCUUCGGUGCUGGACUCGCGUGGUUUGUCAGGGAAAGACCGAGCGUAGAGAAAGACUUCCCAAGUGAGGUGCUUUGCUGGGAGACGUGCUUUGACGUGGAUGCUGAGGAGCAGAUGGAGUGA